GCCAAAAUUUUCGGCCGAAGCGUGCUGAGCGCCGCGCACCUCCCAAACCCCCACCAACAUCACAAUGGCAGCCGAACUCUCAGCGGCGCCCGUUCUUUCGACGCCGGCCGAACAGGGUUUCGAGUACGCCGUUGCAACUCCAGAAACAGACUCGCAGUUACCGCCGAGAUCCGACGAUGAGCUCCACGAACUUUACGAGAUCGAGCGGACGGCAAGGGAAGUGCGACAGGGCGAGUGGAAGAGAGUAGCCCUGCAGUUUCCCGACCACAUGUUGCGCGAUGGGCCACGGGUAGUCCAAGCCUUAAAUACCGAGCUCGACUCUCUACCCAAACCGGCAGAUGCACCUAAGACCGCCGAGAAGAUAACCAUACUCGCCGACACCUCCUACAGCGCGUGCUGCGUCGAUGAGAUCGCAGCCGAACACGCCGAUGCCGAGGUCGUGGUACACUACGGCCGCUCAUGCCUCUCACCGACCUCUCGGCUCCCUGUCAUCUACGUCUUCACCCACCAUAACCUCGACCGAGACGAAGCCCUGGCCGCUUUCGAGAAGCAGUACCCUGACAAAGACACCGCGGCCGUCCUCAUGGCCGACGUAACAUACCAAGACCACGUCCCCUCCCUCGCCUACGAACUCCACGCCCGCGGGUACACGAACCUCCUCUCCACAGCCAUCGUCCACGACCCAACCGGCCUCAUCCCCAACCGCAAACUCGUCACCCCCCAAGCAGCAGCCGCCCCCUCCCCCAUCAGCCUCUCAGCCGACGACCUCAAAUCCCACUCCAUCUUCCACAUCUCCCAACCCCCGACCGCCCUCCUCCUCGCCCUCUCCUCGCGCGUCGCCGCCCUCCACAUCCACCCGACCCCCGACUCCCCGCAAGCCCUCCACACCCCGCAAUUCUCCACCCCCCGCCUCCUCGGCCGCCGCUACGCGCGCCUCCUGACCCUCGCAUCGGCGGGUAUCAUCGGCAUCCUGGUCAACACGCUAUCGGUCACCAACUACCUGUCCUCGGUCGACGCCAUCCGCCGGCAGAUCGCGGCGGCGGGGAAGAAGAGCUACACGGUGGUGGUCGGCAAGCUCAACCCCGCGAAGCUGGCUAAUUUUGCGGAGGUGGAUGGGUGGGUUGUGGUCGGCUGCUGGGAGAGCGCGCUGGUGGAGGAUGAUGCGGGGUUUUAUCGACCGGUUGUCACGCCGUUCGAGCUGGGGGUGGCGCUGGUGGGGGAUGAGAAGAGGGUUUGGAGUGGGGAGUGGUGGGGGGGUAUUGAGGGUGUUGCGGAGGGUGCGGGAUUGGGGGAGUUGGAAGGAGAGGAUAGGAUGCCGGAGGGUGAUGGGGUAGGGAAUGGGGUUGAGGUUGGAGUUGAUGAGGAUGGCGAUGAGGAAGAGUCGGCGCCGCCGGAGUUUGACCUGAGGACGGGGAAGUUGGUUAGUCAUAGCCGGCCGAUGAGGAAUGGGGUUGCGAGGUUGAAUGGGAAGACCAAGGACGAAGGGGGUGUUGCUGGCGCGGAGACUAAAUCGAGCAGCGCGCUGACACUGCGGCCCAAGGCUGAACUAGCCACGGUUAACGGAGUCGUCAGUCCUGGGGCUGAAUAUCUACGAGCGCAACGGACAUGGCAGGGACUGGGAAGUGAUUACGCAGAGGAGGCGAGUACUGCCAUUGAGGAAGGAAGGAGUGGUGUUGCGAGGGGGUAUACGGUUGGGGAUGAAGAAAGGAGGUAGCGAUGGGAAUGCGAGGGGAAACGAAAUAAACAAAAUACGGCUCCGAAGAGGCGGGAAGUCUCUCUCAAAACAUUCGAAGUCCCCGCUGGCAUUUGGCCAUCGAAGGUCGCAGUUGUAGUUGCGAUUAUGUACUUGUCAAGCCCGUCUGAUUACCGUAGUCGGUCAAACAACCCCAACAAGUCCUG